AGGGAAGGAAAAUAAAAAAAGGCGGCUCAUUUCGUAGAAACCGAAAAUCGAAAAACAGAUCCAAAAUUCUGUUCGCUCCAGCUUCUGCCUUCGUCUGCUGGUUAUUCGCUCGUGUGUCACUAAACCAAGUCUCACUUCCAGAACCUUCUCUCUCUCUUCGUUUCCUGUUUGGUUCCUGAGAAAAUUCAGGGUAGUUGAGGAGGCUUGGUUAGUGGACUUGCUAGAAGUGAAGCUCCUUUUAAAUUUGAGUAUGGAAACAGAUGAUAUGAUUGGCCUCCCUGGUUCUAUUGAUUUUGGAUAUAAAAAUGAGAAUGAUGAGCUUUCCAAGUCUGAUUUUGGGCCAAGUGAAUCUCGCUCUCAACCAUGUAGUAAUGAUGGUAAAGAAAGUAAGGAUGAUGAAGAGGGUUUGGGGCUCUGUGAAGGUGUGGUUGGAAAUGAAGAAGGUAUAGUCGAUCCAGGGUGUUCAGGGCUUAAUGUAGGUGAUACUGGAACUGAAGAAGCUGCAACAGAUCAGAGUAAUUUGGUGCUUGAGGAACGUGAUAUUGGAUCUAAAGGUGUCCAGUUUGCAGUGGAAACAGAGGCUGACAUGGAUUUGGUAGUUUCUCCUGUCAGACAAGUGAAUCUUGAUGUGGUUGAUGCUGUUAUAGUUUCCAAGAAGCCAGAUAUUUCCAGCAUCAUAGGGAACGUUGAGGACUGUUUCCUUGAUACACAAAAUAAUAGUCUUGUCCAACAAGGCAAGGUGGAUGGCAGUCAUAUAUCAGGCGUUAAGAGAAAAAGGAUGGCAUAUGAUGAACAGCAACCUUCAGUGCAUGUCAUGUAUAACUCCUUAACAAGAGCUAGCAAACAAAAGCUUGAGGAACUGUUACAACAGUGGUCAGAAUGGCAUGCUCAACAGAAUUCAUCUCAUGAUUCUGAUGAAAUGUUACAAUCUGGUGAAGACACUUACUUUCCUGCUCUACGUGUUGGCAUGGAGAAGUCCUCUGCAGUGUCCUUCUGGAUUGAGAACCAAGCAAGGAAACAACAAGACAAUGAUUUAAUUCUUCAACAUAGUAAUUUUGUGCCUCUAUAUGAUCGUGGAUAUGUGUUGGGUUUGACUUCAGCAGAUGGUCCAAUUAAUGUAGAAGGAGGCUUGGAGAUAGUGGAUGCUGCUGCACGUUGUUUUAACUGUGGUGCAUACAACCAUUCUUUGAAGGAAUGCCCAAAACCUCGUGAUAAUGCUGCUGUUAAUAAUGCUCGCAAACAACACAAGUUCAAGCGAAAUCAGAAUUCUAGUUCCCGCAAUCCAACACGCUAUUAUCAGAGCUCUUCUGGUGGCAAGUAUGAUGGUUUAAAGCCAGGUUCUCUUGACACUGAAACACGACAACUUUUGGGUCUUGGGGAGCUUGAUCCUCCACCAUGGCUUAACAGAAUGCGAGAGCUGGGAUACCCACCAGGAUAUCUAGAUCCCGAUGAUGAGGAUCAGCCUUCUGGGAUCACAAUAUUUGAUGAUGGAGAUGUAGAGGAAGAACAGGAAGAUGGGGAGAUUAUGGAAACAGACCAUCCUGAACCACCAAGGAAAAUGUCAGUUGAAUUUCCUGGAAUAAAUGCACCAAUUCCAGAAAAUGCAAAUCAAAGAUUUUGGGAAGUGGGGCCUUCAAGUUCUGAUCCAUUUAGGCACCGAUCACGCCAUAGAUCAAACCAUUCCUCAGAAGCUACAGGCAGAUGGCAUCAUCAUGAACAGAGACAGUAUAGGGAUUUCAUUAACGAUGGGCCUCCAGGUGUUGAUCCCGUGUUUAGUCCAUCUAUGUCCAGUUAUCCUCCAAGGUAUGGUCAUCAUGACUCUAGUUACAGUUCUGACAGCCCUAGAGAUCUGAGCCCUGCCUUUGGGAGGUCCAAUUCCGAUAGAGGGAGGGGUGCUUUGGUAUAUGAGGAUUUUGCAAGUCAAGGUUCUUCAUCCUACUCAUCCUCACGGAAACGUUCUUCGCCACAGAAUAUUGGUUCAGCCAGAUACGAGACUGAUAACAGCCGGGAUGACUAUGACACGGAUUAUUCAUAUCGGGAUUAUUCAUUUCGGAGUGAGUAUGACAACGAUCGCUAUCGCCGUCGUAGUAGGAGGUAAAUGGGGUAGUCAUGAGUGCGACGGGGUAGAAUGGAUGCGAUAUUCUUUGUAAAACACCCCCUGUCCUCUUCAUUUCUUUAUUAUCUAGGCUAGAGUUGCAGCUCCGAUUCCUUUCUCCAUCAACUAGAGGAGAAGUCUCAACUAGUUUAAGAUGUUUCUGUAUCCAUACAUCGUUUGCAAUACUCCUCCUGUGGGAGCCGUUUAAUUUUUAUAUUUAUUUGCAUC